UUGCUAGAGUCAUGAAUAAUUCAAUUAAAUCACAGGUGCAUGUAGGUGCAUCCACUAUUGUGGAGAUGACGAGUCAGCAGCGUCGACUUGUCUAAACUAAAAUAUUUAGUCUUCUGCUGUUUUUUCACGUUCACAUUUUUGACACAUUCAUAAUCAUUACAUUUGCAAGUGCGCUGUGGCAAGCUUGAGUACUGAUUAGGCUAAGAAGAGUUUUACCUGUUCAGCUAAUGAUGUUUAAUAUCCCCGACAAACUCUGUAAUCCCAUUUAGCUACUUGUUAGCAACCCCCUUUUUCAAGACAAGUAAAAGCUUUUAAAAAAAGGGUAUUACUGAUGUAUUUUAUGCCAUAGAAUAUAUUGUUUCAGGCAUGUAACCAAAAAUGGGACUAUGUAACCAGAAGUGCUAAAAAUGAUAACUUGGAUGUGGGUUUUGGCCUGCAAAAAUAUGUCAUCCCUGCAGCACUCUAUUCAAUCUCUACAUGUGGGCAGUAAUGAAGCGUUUUGCUGAUUGGUCAAACAAACUUCAAACCGUGCCGUCAUCAGUUCUUCCUCAGUUCUGCGCAACAGAAUAAUGGGGGUUAUGCACAACAAACUUCCGUAUUCUGUAAAACAGGUUGCAUCCAUUCCAGCUCAGGUCUUUUAUAUGUGCUUUGUAAAUAUAGAGCCGUUUUACUCAAGAUACCUUCAAAGGAGUGAGAAAAGAUGAGCAUAAUCGAUGCCCAUCACAUAUGCAGAUUGAUAUCUAAAAGUUUUUUUGUUUUUCUUCUUAUCACUAACAUUUAGAUAUUUAAAUCAAAUAAAACACCCAACUAUAAAAAGAGCUUGGUUAGCUGAUAUCGCCAAGUACAUAGAUAAUCGCUGCCAGUUCUUGCUUCCUUCUUAGCUGGCAAGUAUUCAGUGAAGUGAUGGAUGCCCGUGAGUGUGUUGCCCAUGUUUUUAGUUCUGAUGUUCCAACUGACAGCCAGCCUAAGUUUUUGACGGACGUGAUAACGUGUGUGAGGGGUGAAAUAUGUUUGAUUUUUGGGUAAUUAACAUGCUGGAGACGUUCAAAAUGCUUUUUCUGUAGUUCAUUAUUUUAAGGAAUGAAGUUCAUUUUGUGGCUUAAAUAAAUUACAUUUCUACUGGCCCAAUUGGGCCAGUGGUUCAAAUUUUGACUUGCCCUGCUAAAAUUUUCACUUGCCCAACAACAAAAAAAUUAAUAAAGUAAAAAAGAAUGGGCCUAUAAAAUAAGCCUAGUUAUUGCUUUUGUUGUUUUUGAUACAUGUAACCUUAAAUAAAUUGGGUUACCACACCAAAAGCUACUAGAUUAACUCACUUAAAUUUUAAAUAUUGUUAGACAAAUAAACAGGAAGUAAUAAAAUAGUAACAAAUAAUCAAAUAAUGAGUAAUAGCAAAAAUAUAUACAACAGAACAAACAUAUAAUAAAUGAAAUAAACGGUGCUUUUCAAGUUUUUCAUGUAGGUUUAAACAGGAAGCUACAGAAAUUGUAAUCUAAUGUAAAACUAUAGAACUAUGGAUUAAACUUUAUUAAAGUUAAUCAGUCAAGAGUAGUUACAGAUGCUUAAAUAAUGGUUUGAAAUGUUGAAAAAUAAAACGUUAAAAACUGUUAUUUUAAAUUAUUUAAAAAAUGAAAAGACACUUUAAAUGUGAAAUUAAACCCUCCAGUAGGUGGCAGCGAAUCACUGUUAAUGAGUGAGUCAUUGAGAUUCAACCGAUUCAUUCAGGAAGUGUUGCUCAAGAGAUGCAAAACAAUCCUGUGGACUUUGUUUGGAACUAUUUUCAUAGGCGGAAUAUAGCGAAACAGGCGAUUUGGUGUCUAAAAUGUAAGUCACUUGAUAUUAAGUUCUUGUUCAUUAAACUGUAUGCUGUAUAAAAUCAAUAUCACAUUUGUAAUCAUGCUGAUAUUUGGAGAAAAACGGCACUCUUUGUGUAAUAUUGGUUAACUAUAUUAAAUGUAUUUUUAUUAUAUAAAUAUAAGGAGUUUCGAAGUUGUCAUCUGGUUGGUUAAAUUAUACAGGAUGUCCAGGACAAGGAACUUAUAUUGACAAGAGUGAAACUCAAUAGAACGUUCCAUUGCAACACCAGCGCCCAGCAGCAGCCCUACGCUUCCGCCAUUUUGGGGUGAAAGCGACUCGGCAGUCCACUAGUUUCUAUGGCAAUAUCAGCUGCUUUGUUAAAAAAAAAAAGUACAUUAAAGCUAAAAUCCAACCUGAAUGCUGACAACACAGAAUAAAGUGAUCAUCAAAUCCUUUUAACAGUUUAUUUAACGGACUUUGUGUUUAAGUUUUCCACUUUUUUCACAAAACCUUUGCUCUCUAGAAACCCAGUCAGUUUGGGUUGAAAUUCUUUGAAGUUCAAGUAUUAGCAUUAUAAACGCUGAAUUAAUACCAACAUAUGAAAUUAAAUUAAGGACAUGCAUCAGAAAGAUUGGGAAUGUUGGACAAUAAAUAUGUAACAGAAUAUAACAGCUUGACAGUAAACUGUUUUUGCAGUGUUGUCUUAUAUUAACGUCCGUUAAAGCAAGACUAUGUAAAAAAAAAAAAAAAAAAAAAAAAACAGCCAAAAGUGGGAAUUAUGAGAUAACAGACACAGCAAUGCAUCAUGUUCUAUGAGGUCAUUAUGUUUAGCGUGAUCCAGGGGAUUAAAACGUAUAUAUUUCAGACCUAGUGGAGUAAUAUUCUAUUACUAUUACUCCACUAGGUCUGAAAUAUAUUGUACAUUUUAAACCCCUGGAUCACACUACAAACAUGGUGAUCUUAACUUUAUUAAUUAUUAAUUUAUUAAUUUACUGUUAAUAGUAAAUAUGGCCACGUACACACUGCAGCUAAAUUCGGUUGUCACCUUUUAGUGCUUAAUCGCGUUCUGUACACACACAGUUCAGUAAAAUACGGGAGUGACAAUCGCAUUCUACAACCGAAUUAACUCCCGAAAAAUACAGGUAGUGACAACCGCAUUUACAGAAAUUCCACGCAGUGUGUACGUAACCGAACUGAACAACUAGUUGUUAAUGACGUUUAACGUUCAUCGGAGAUGUGUCUCUCUAUGUGCGGUGAAUCACAGGGAAAGCACGAGCCCUGACUCAUUUGAGUUGCCAGAUCUUGCUAGAAAAAUCAGCGAACAAGAAUAAGCCCAUAAUAAACCGAAAUAAAUCUAAAUGCUUUAUGCUGAAAAUAACACCAAAAUAUCACAAAUCAUGUCUGCAUAUAACUCCAUAAAUCUGUUAGCUUUAUGAGACGAGCUUAAACAACAAGCUCGAAAACGCUUAUAAUGAGCGAUCAUGGCAACACAGAAAGAGCGCGCUCUCUGUGAAACAGGCUAUACAAGCAUAAACAACAUACGACGCCUCCGUCGACUGUGUUAGUGUGUUUAGUUAAAUUGCUGAAAAUAACAAGUGUUUUAUCACUGUAAUAUUACUUUGGUCACAAUAAUGGUUACCAAACACGAGAGACGCCAGAACGUCGCUAUGGUUUCCAAGCUGUCAAUCAUCGCAUUUUCGAGAGUGAGUCGUGUUCCGUACACACAUGUAAUGAUAAUUUAGGGGAUUCACUCCCGCAUUUAAAUGUGGUUGUCACUCCUGAAACUUACAGUGUAUACGUGGCCUAUGUAAAGUUGCAUAAAAUGGAAAUACUCAAUAAAGUAGGCUAACUACGUUACCUCAGGCCACGUACACACUGCAGCUAAAUUCGGUUGUCAGUUCACCUUUUAAUGCUUAAUCACGUUCUGUACACACACAGUUCAGUAAAAUACGGAGUGACAACCGCAUUCUACAACCGAAUUAACUCCUGAAAAAUACAGGUAGUGACAACCGCAUUUACAGAAAUUAUAUGCAGUGUGUACGGAACCGAACUGAACAACUAGUUGUUAAUGACGUUUUUUUAACGUUCAUCGGACACUUGUUUCUCUUCUGUAUGCGCGGUGAAUCACAUGGAAAGCACAAGCCUUGACUCAUUCGUGUUGCCAGAUCUUAAUAAGCCCAUAAUAAACCGAAAUAAAUCCAUAUGCUUUAUGCUAAAAUAAGACCAAAAUAUCGCGAUUUAUGUCUGCUCACUUUAACAACUCCAUAAACCCGUUCGCUUUAUAUGAGAUGAGCUUAAACAACAAGCCCAAAACGCUUAUAAUGAGUGACCAUGGCAACACAGAAAGAGCAUGUUCUGUGUGAAACGGGCUGUACAAGCAUAAACAAAACAGGACGCGUACGUCGACUGUGUUAGUGUGUUUAGUUAAAUUGCUGAAAAUAACGAGUGUUUUGUCACUGUAAUAUUACUCUGGUUACAAUAACGGAUACCAAACACGAGAGACGCCAGAACAUUGCUAUGGUUUCAAGCUGUCAAUCAUCACAUUUGAGAGUGAGUCGUGUUCCGUACAUACAUGUAAUGAUAAUUUAGGGGAUUCACUCCCGCAUUUAAAUGCGGUUGUCACUCCUGAAACUUACAGUGUGUACGUGGCCUCAGAUGUGUACAUUAAUGGUUGGAUUCCACAGCUGAUAACAUAAAACAUAUAUAGGCUAAAACAAUACAACAUUUACUGUAGGUGUCAGAAAAUUUACUGAAUUUGAGAAAUUUUCUAUUGCGUUUCUGAUUUGGCUGUGAGAUUUGCCGAUUUUGGGUGCGUAAGAUGUGAUGGAUUCUAUUGUCCAGUUGGCAUUUUCACCCCAAAAUGGCGCCCGCGCUACCGAAGCGCCACCUAGUGGCUGUUACCCAAAAAGCAUCAGAGUUACGCCUCUUGGGUUCUAUACUCUUUCUGGUCCAGGAGACACGUGUGUCGCGUUCUUUAAUGGUCUGCCUGGAAACAAAUACCGUGACGCUAAACUCCCUCGUGGAAGAAAAACGCUGUCGAGUUUACAAGUGCUUAUCAGAAUCAACUUAAUGCUGGAUUUUCAAAAGUAUGUGAAGUUCGUAGCUCCAUUGUUGCAGUAAACUUGCACAACAUUCUUGAAUUAAUCAUUUAUAGAUGCACGCCGGUCUGUUAUUGCACGGACAUUGACAUUACAUUUUCACGCCCCUAAACAUGACGUGGAACAAAACGAACUGUGAUUGGUUACGUUACAAGUCAGUCAAACAUCCUCUUGGGCGGUCCUUGGCCAAUAAAAGCUGCGAUAGAGUCCAGACCUUCUGCCAUCAGUCUGAAGGUCUGGCUAUGCUAGACUACAAAUUUAUUGACUUUUGAAAAUCAAGUUUAUUUUUUACCAGGAAAGGAGUGGUUUUGAUGCACAAAGUUGUUUUUAUUGUCUCUUAUAACAAAUAUCUUUAAUUUACACUCAUGAAAAUGCAGAUCUUGUGGUAAAUUAUAGUGAAAAAUUGCCUUUUAAAACUAUUGCUCCAUUAUUACUCCAUAGCAGAUUUUGACUUGUAUACAAACCGUAAACAAAGCAGCGCUUGCUUACCAUUUUGAAUAUCAAUAAUAUUGAUCACUUUCUUCAUUCCAGAUGGCUCAUGUUAUGAAAAUAUUCUUGUAUUGGAAUGCUCAGCCAAUCAGAUUGAUCUCUCUCACUGACGGCCCCACUGCAGAUUCAACAUGCUGAAUUGGGUGAACUGCCGUCGACGUGAGCCUGACUAGAUCCGACGCGUGGAAGACACCGCAGAAUCUAGCCCAACAGGCCCUUAAGGUCUUCUCCUCCCACAGCAAUUCACCAGUAAAUGCUGGAAUAUUCCAAUCAGCCUACAAGUAAAGGAGAGUUUUUGAAAGAACAUGGAGAACAUAAAUGAUCCUGAACCCUGCAGGUUAAAACAGGAAGAUAUUGAAGAACAAAUAGACCUGAUGGAGGCGAACAAGGAGAUUGGAGAACUGACUGAAUUGAAGGAGAAACAUCAUGUCAAAACUGAAGAAAUGUCUUUAAGUGACUCAUUGGAAGGAAAAACCCAAAAAUGUUUCACCUGCCCUCGGUGUGGAAAGAGUUUCUCAUGUGAACAAAAUCUUAAUUUUCACACAAGAUUGCAUAGGUUGCCGCACACAUGUGAUCAGUGUGGAAAGAGUUUCACAAUGAAAGGAAACCUUACUGAACACAUGAAAAUCCACACUGCAGAAAAGCCACACAUGUGUGAUCAGUGUGGGAAGAGUUUCACUCAAAAAGGAGACCUUAAUGAUCACAUGAAAAUCCACACUGUACAGAAGCCAUACACAUGUAAUCAAUGUGGGAAGAGUUUUCUACAUAAAGGAAGCCUUACCGAACACAUGAAAUUCCACACUAUGGAGAAGCCACACACAUGUGAUCAGUGUGGGAAAAGUUUCUCUCAAAAAGGAAACCUUAACGAACACAUGAAAAUCCACACUGGAGAGAGGCCGUACACAUGUAAUCGAUGUGGGAAGAGAUUUACACAUAAAGGAAACCUGAACGAACACAUGAAAGUCCACACUGGGGAAAGGCCGCACACAUGUGAUCAGUGUGGGAAGAAAUUCAAACUAAAAGUAACCCUUAAUGAACACAUGAAAAUCCACACUGGAGAGAAGCCGCACACAUGCGAUGAGUGUGGGAAGAGUUUCAGACGAAAACCAAGCCUUCAGGAUCACAUAAAAAUCCACACUGGAGAAAAUCUCUACACAUGUGAUCAGUGCGGGAAGAGUUUCAGAAAGGCCGGUGUUUUUAAAGUACAUCUGCGCACUCAUACUAGAGAAAGACCUUAUAACUGUGAUCAUUGUGGUAAAAAGUUUUUUAGGGCAGAUGCCCUGAAGGACCAUGUGAAACUUCAUACAAAUGAGAAGCCUCAUGUGUGUUCUUUGUGUGGAAAGGGUUUUAGGCAGAUGGGCAAUUUAAAAAUACAUCUGAAAAGACACAGCGGUGUGAGGGAUCAUAUUUGCUCUAAGUGUGGAAAGUCCUUUAUUAGAGAUUCUGAACUGAAACUGCACCAGUCAGUUCACACUGUAGAAAAACCUUAUGAGUGUUCACAAUGUGACAAGAGAUUCAAACGGCCAGAAUAUCUGAAAAUACAUGAGAGGAUCCACACUGGAGUGAAGCCGUAUCAAUGUCAUUCAUGUAGAAAGAGUUUCACUUAUUUAGGUUCUCUGCUUGGUCAUACAAAAAGUGCAUGUCCGAAAUCACAGUAAGUAGUUCAUUUUCAGAUCCAUCCCUUUCAGGUGCGAUGCUAUGUCCUCACCAAACGUGACCCAAAAACUUGCAAUAAAGAGCAAUAAAAGCUCUGUUCCAUAUACAUUAAAUCAGGACAAAAGAAACAUAAUCACAAGUUGUCACAGUGAACAGAGUUCAUCAACUAAUCAUUGAUUAAACUUAUUUUUAUUUCAUUAGCACUUAUUGACCUGUUUUAUUGUGUCCUAAUUCUACAAAGCCCCUAAAUGACUGGUCAUGGAAAAUAUAUGAAAUGGAAUAAAACUACACUAGUUUUGCAAAUUAAUUGCUACUAGUUUAGUUACAUACACUAUAUUGCCAAAAGUUUUGAGACGCCUGCAUUUACGUGCACAUGAACUUUAAUGACAUCCCAUUUUUAAUCCGUAGGGUUUAAUAUGGAAUUGGCCCACCCUUUGCAGCUAUUACAGCUUCAACUCUUCUGGGAAGGCUUUCCACAAGGUUUAGGAGUGUGUUUAUGGGAAUUUUUGACCAUUCUUCUAGAAGCGUAUUUGUAAGGUCAGGCACUGUUGUUGGACGAGAAGGCCUGGCUCGCAGUCUCCGCUCUAAUUCAUCCCAAAGGUGUUCUAUCGGGUUGAGGUCAGGACUUUGUGCAGGCCAGUCAAGUUCCUCCACACUAAACUCGCUCAUCCAUGUCUUUAUGGACCUUGCUUUUUGCACUGGUGCACAGUCAUGUUGGAACAGGAAGGGGCCAUCCCCAAACUGUUGUCCAAAAUGUCUUAGUAUGCUGAAGCAUUAAGAGUUCCUUUCACUGGAACUAAGGGGCCAAGCCCAACCCCUGAAAAACAACCCCACACCAUAAUCCCCCCUCCACCAAACUUUACAUUUGCAGUCAGGCAAGUACCGUUCUUCUGGCAACCGCCAAACCCAGACUUGUCCAUCGGGUUGCCAGACAAAGAGAAGCGUGAUUCGUCACUCCAGAGAACACGUCUCCACUGCUCUAGAGUCCAGUGGCGGCGUGCUUUACACCACUGCAUCCGACGCUUUGCACUGCACUUGGUGAUGUAAGGCUUGGAUGCAGCUGCUCGGCCAUGGAAACCCAUUCCAUGAAGCUCUCUACGCACUGUUCUUGAGCUAAUCUGAAGGCCACACAAAGUUUGGAGGUCUGUAGCUAUUGACUCUGCAGAAAGUUGGCGACUUCUGCGCACUGUGCGCCUCAGCAUGUGCUGACCCCGCUCUGUGAUUUUGCGUGGCCUACCACUUCGUGGCUGAGUUUCUGUUGUUCCCAAUUGCUUCCACUUUGUUAUGAUACCACUAACAAUUGACCGUGGAAUAUUUAGUAGUGAGAAAAUUUCACUAAUAGACUUAUUGCACAGGUGGAAACCUAUCACGGUACCAUGCUUGAAUUCACUGAGCUCCUGAGAGCGACCCAUUCUUUCACAAAUGUUUGUAGAAGCAGUCUGCAUGCCUAGGUGCUUGAUUUUAUACACCUGUGGCCAUGGAAGUGAUUGUAACACAUGAAUUCAAUGAUUUGGAGGGGUGUCACAAUACUUUUGGCAAUAUGUGUAAGCGUUGCGUGCCCCUGAGAAGCUUUUGCGAGCAUAAGCAUUGAAGUUUUCCAUCAGUGUGUCCUUUUUGAGGGCUCCAUGUUAUUCAGUUUGCAUCAUAAUCAUUUAAUUAAUUUGAUAUCUGAAAGUCAUUAAGUAUCUGUUGAUUUUGGGGGCUAACCAUGUUUUAAAUUUCUUGCUAGAGCUGCUUAUAUUGUCCCAUAUUGUAUAACAAUCCAAAAUUAGUUUAAAAUUUGUUCUGCUCAGUUGAUUUGCACCAUAUGUUCAUCUGUUUCACUUAAUGUAACUUCUUUAAAUCAGAACAAUUAAUUUCUAAGGCUGUAUACACAACUCCAUUUUCAGCUAAAAACGGAAAACUUUUCAUGCAUAUCGCCGUUCAUUUACACAACAAUGGCGUUUUUGCCGGGGAUCAUUUUGACAAUGCUGUCAUCUGUACGGAAAAAAAGGCAAAAGAAAAACUUUUCCAGUUUUAGCACAUUGUUGUCAUGUACACAUAACAACUUUAAACAACAUCUCACUACCUCCACAAGCUUUAUACAACCAGCAGAUAGAGAGAAGCUGGAAUAAGGACAAGCAGUUGCAAGUGCAAUUUUACAGUAAUAUUUGUUUCAUAUUUGUUUUUGGUAACGUAAGGCCUAUGUUCUCGCCUUGCUGUGAUGACAUCACAACUAGCUCAUAGUCAGCGUUGAGGGUUUUUCUAUUGAAUAACAUGCACAUGAACAAUUUAAAUAAGUACAAAUAUUACACAGACAAUUAUACAAAGACAUGAAAAGAAAUGCACGUCUGUACAGUCUGAAUAGCUUUCCUGGGUUUUUUAAGGGCAAGAUAACGAUAUAUAAUGCAUUUCUUCUUUUUUAACCAUUACAAAACAUGGCUUCUUUCCUGAAAUUUCCAUUUAUGUAUAUGUAUUAUAGCCAAUAAGAAAAUAAAAUGAAUCAAAUAUG